AUGAUCUUCUCAAGAGCUACCGCGCUUCUCGCGCUGGCCUCUGGUGCUUAUGCCCAGUCGCAAUACACCUCUACUGCCACAGCUGCCGUAGCCAAGGCAGCUGCCACCGCGCUGACCUUGUCCCCUACUUCAAGUGUCGCGGGAUUGACUUUCGAUCGCUUUGUGCAGAUUUUCCUUGAGAACGAAGAUUACAGUGCUGCUAUUGCCAAUACAAACCUAGCCUACCUCGCAUCUCUGGGAAUCACCCUCACAAACUACUACGCCAUCACCCACCCCUCCCAGCCCAACUAUGUCGCUGCUGUUGGAGGUAACACCUUUGAUAUCGCUGACGACGAUACUCACUAUAUCUCCUCAAGCACCAAGACCAUCGUUGAUCUCUUGGAAGACGCCGGCGUCAGCUGGAGUGUGUACCAGGAGGAUAUGCCUUACUCUGGCUUCGAGGCCAACUAUCCCAACCAAAAGACUGGUGCGAACGAUUACAUGCGCAAGCACAACCCCCUGAUGAGCUACGACUCGGUUACAUCUGUGACCGAUCGUCUUGCCAAGUCAAAGAACUUCACCAUGUUCUACGAAGACCUGGAUAACAACGCGCUACCCCAGUGGAUGUUCAUCACCCCCAACAUGACCGACGAUGGCCACGAUAGCUCGCUCGCCACUGCUGGACUCUGGUCCCGCGACUUCUUGACCCCUCUGCUCGCAAACGAAGAUUUCAACACCGAUAGUACUUUGAUCAUCCUGACCUUCGAUGAGGGUCUCACCACCGGCACAAACCAGAUUUACGCUGUUCUUUUGGGUGGCGCACUCUCAAGCGACCAGGUCGGCACCACGGACGACACUGCAUACAACCACUAUAGUUUGUUGAAGACUGUGGAGACCAACUGGGAUUUGGGUAACCUUGGAGAAAACGACGUGGAUGCCACCGCUUUCUUCUAG